AUUGUUUUAAAUGUACAUUAAAUUUAAAUGGUAAAAAUCAACAUGAAUGGAUCAAACAAUUAACACGUAUGAAUCAAUCCGGUUAUUUAACAAAUACGCCAAUCAUUAAUUGUACAACAACAACAUUUCAAACAUUACAAAAUUAUUUUCCAUAUAUGUUAUAUCCAUUAUUACAUUCAAUUGAAGAAGCUGAUUUACGUAUACAUGCUAUUUAUAAUGAAUUAGGAUCAACAACAACAACAUCAGAAAAUCAACGUUUACAUCAAUAUGUUGAUUUAAAUAUUUUUUUACCAAAUGGAUUUUUUGUACAAUUUUCAACCGAAAAUGAUCGUACAUUGUCCGAAAUUAAACGUAAUCUUUGGUAUGAAUUUGAACCAAUGAUUGCUAAAAUACGUGGUCAUAUUGAAAAAACUAAUCAACGUAAUAGUCGAACAAAAAAAUCAUUAAUAUGGCUUACAGGUAUGAAUCGUUUUUCAACUGAAUCAUUAAAACGUGCCGGAAGAAAAUUUAGUUUUUCAAGAACAAAAAAAUCAUUAUCAAUUGAUUCACAAUCAUCAUCAUCAACAUUAAUUAAACGUACUACAUCAUUGAAUGAAUCGAUUAAAGUAAAUUUUUUAGAUCAAGACAGUUCUUCUUCUAGUCAUAUAAUUAAAGAUGAUAAACAAAUAUCAAUAUCAGCCAAUUCAAAUAAUCAAAGUCAAAUUAAAUUAAAACAAUUUUCCUGUACAUUACCUGAAAUGACGGAUGAAACAAUUGAACAAGAUGGUAAUAAUAAUCAACAACAACAACAAUCAAAACGAAUGAAUCUAUUAUUAAAUGAUAAUUGUGAUGAUUAUGGUUUUAAUAAUUAUAGUGGUACAAUUAAUCCAUCAUUAUUUAUUGAUGAUGGUAAAAUUCUUAUAAAAUUUUUAUCAUUUAUAAAUGCUGAUCAAUGUGAUUAUUCAUUUCAAUCAUUAACAAAUGUUUGGGAAGAAAUUUAUGAUGAUAAUAAUCAUUUAUAUGAAUUAAAUGAACAGAUUCCAUAUUAUUUACGUUUAGUUGAAUUAACUAGUGAUAAAAAUGAAAAAAUUCUUAAUUCAAGAAUUCGGCAAAUUAUUAAAUGUUCAGUAAAUAAACUUGAAGUAUAUCGUACGGAUGAAUUUCGUGAUUUUCGUUAUGGUAUGUAUCAAUGUAUGAUUGAUGCUGUACGACAAAGAGAAAAAUUUUCUAUUGAAAAACGUAUUAAUUAUGAAUUUGAACCUGAACUUGAUGAAAUUGAUACAUUAAAUCUAAGCGUACAGACAAUGGUAAAAAAAUUUCGUUUAGAUGAAAUGAUUGAUUUGUCAAACAAUUCGGAUACAUUGGAUUCAUGGACCGAAACAUUAGCCAAUUAUUUUAAUCAUCCAUUUCCAUUUAUGCCAAAAAAUAGACGUCGUAAUUUUAGUUCAGCAUUGAAUCCAAAUUCAAUGAAUACAAAAACACCAGGAGCUUAUUCACCAUAUCAUCGUCGUUCAACUGGUCAAUCAAAUAAAAGUAUUGAUCAAGAAUCGUUAUCAUCUUCAUCAUUGAUACAAUCAUCUAAUAUGAAUGAAGAUGAAGGACCUGUGUAUGCUGAGGUUUGUGUGGUACCAUCAUCAUCAUCAUCAUCAACACAAACAACAAAAAUCAUUGAUGAAAAUCAAUAUAAUGAUGAUCAAAUAUUAUCAGAUAUAAAAUCAAUAUCAUCAAUAAAAUCAUUUCAAAUGAUUAAUCCAAUGAUAAAAUUAUCAUCAUCAUCAUCAACAACAACAAAUAAUAAAAUAAGUAAACAUAAACGUCAUCUUAAACCAAUUAAACAUCGUCCAUCAUUAACACCAGUGUUUGAAGAAGAUGAAGCACCUAAUAAUAGUAAUCAGAAUAAUAAUAGAAAUUCUACACAACAAACAAAUACUGAUGAUCAAAUUGAAUAUAUUUCCAUUAAUAUUGGUAAUAAAAUGAUAAAUUUUCGUAAACCAUAUCCAAGAAAAUUUGAAGCAAAAAUGUGGAUUUCAAUUAAUCUAAUUAAACGAACAACAGCAACAACAACAACAACAAAUGAUGAAAAUACAAAAGAAUUUAAUGAUAAUGUUAAUGAUGAUAUUGAUAUAAUAAUUAAUGAAGAUGAAAAUUCAUUAAUACCAUUUAUAAUAAAUGCUUAUUCAAAUAAAACUGCCCGUGAUUUAAUACAAAAAUUAUUAGUCCAAAUUACAUCACAUAUUGAACAUAAAAGAAAUUCAUCUUCUUCAACUUCAACUUCUUCCACUAAUAUAUCGACCUCAAAUACUGCAACCUCAAGUAACCCAUCAUCAUCAUCAUCAUCAUCAUUAUUAUCAUUACGUGCAUAUCAAAGAAAAUUCAAGUCAUUACAGGAAAAUUUGAUACAGACCAUUACAAAUGGUCAAAAAUCUAGUCUUAAAUUACCAAUUGAAUCAACAUUAUUUAGUCAAUAUGAUUUAAAUCCAGAUACAUAUUUAUUAAAAAUUUGUGGUUAUGAUCAAUAUUUGAUUGGUGAUUAUCCAAUGAUACGUUUUGAAUAUAUACGUAAUUGUGUUUCAAAAGGAAAAAUACCACAUUUACGUUUAGUACAGAAAGAAACAGUUAUAAAACGUUUAUCAACAUAUGUACAUAUUGAACCAUCAUUUUUACGUCGUUUAAAUCAAUUUAUAAAUACAAAUAAUUCAUAUUCAUCAUCAAAUAAUGAAUAUGAAUCACAAAAAGCAAAUAUUUCAUAUCGUUUAACUGAUGGUUUUUCAUCAAAAGGUCGAUAUUAUUCAAAUAAUAAUAAUAAUAAACGAAAUAAUUAUCGUCAACAUUCAUCAUCAUCAUUAUCAAUAUCAAUAGAUUCAAAACAAACUUUUGAUAAUAAUAAUUAUUCAAAAUUAAAUAAUAAUUUAAAUAAUCAAGAAUAUUGUCAUUAUUCAACUAUAUCACAUGUAAUACAACAAAAUGAACAACAACAACAUUCUUCACCAUCAAUCACUGUUUCAACACCAACCGAUGAAGAUUGUAUACAAGAUUGUUGUGAUGAUGAAAAUGAUUUUUAUAUUGAAUUUAUUGAUAAUAAUAGAACAUUAGAUUCAUGGAUAUAUCGUGGUCUAUAUGAAAAAAAUCAAUUAAUUUCAUUAUGGAGAAUUUUACGUAUAUUUCGUGUACGAAUAUUAUCGGCAAGUUAUGUUAAUGUUAAAUUAGCAAAUAAAGUAUUUGUACGUAUGGCUAUUUGUCAUGGUAAUGAAUUAUUAAGUGAAAUUCAUUCAACUGAUCAUGUUGAACCACAUACACCAAGUUGGAAUAAAUGGCUUGAAUUUAAUAAUAUUUUUACUUAUCAUCUUCCAUUAUCAGCAAGAUUAUCAUUAGAAUUAUGUAUUACUAGUUCAAGACGUGAUCAAGAUGGUUGUCCAAUUGGUUGGGUUAAUUUACCAUUGUUUAAUUAUCGUCGUUGUCUUUUAUCUGGUCGUAUAUCGUUAACAUUAUGGCCAAUGAAAAUUUCUGAAACAAAUAAUAAUAAUGAUACAUCCAAUAAUAAUAAUAAUAAUAAUGAAACAUUAUCAACAACAAGUAUAUUAUCAAAUCGAUGUGGUUGUAUUGGUAGUAAUCCAUUAAAAGAUUCUGCACCAAGAUUAGAUCUUGAAUUUGAUCAAUAUGAACAACCAGUUGUUUAUCCACCACAUACUGAUAUACUUGAAUAUGCACAAAUGGUUAAUCGUCAAGAAGGUUCAACACGUCAACAAUUUCAACAACCAAAAUCAUUUAAACAAUUAACACGUGAAUCAACAACAAAUAUUUCAACAUUUGAUACAUCACCAUUUAGUAUUGAUCGUGUUUUUCGACCUGAUCCAAAUGAAUUAAAAUUAUUACAAUUAAGAAAAUCAUUAUCAAGAAGAGAUCCAUUUUCAGAAAUGUCUGAACAAGAAAAAGAUUUUUUCUGGCGUGAACGACAUAUAAUACGUGAACUUUGUCCAGAUGCAUUACCAAAAAUUGUUGAAGCAGUUCGUUGGAUGAAUCGUGAUGAAGUUUGUCAAUUAUAUGCAUUGCUUGAUCAAUGGCCAAUUGUAUCGGUUGAUGUUGCAAUUUUAUUGUUAGGUCAUCGUUAUCCAGAUCCAAUUGUACGAUCAUUUGCUAUAAAAUGUUUAGAUCGUGGAUUAACUGAUCAAUUGAUGUUACAUUAUCUUUUACAAUUAGUACAAUUAAUACCAAAUGAAACAUAUUUAAAUAAUGAUCUUUGUCGAUUAUUAUUACGACGAGCUUUAUUGAAUCGUCGUUUUGGUAAUCUUUUUUUCUGGCAUAUUCGUUCAAGAUUAUCUGAACAAUUUUUCAGUCCACGUUGGUAUGUUUUAUUGGAAAUGUAUUGUCGUGGUUUAUCCGAAAGAUUAUUACUGGAAACAUUACAUCAAGUUUUAGCUUUAGAAGAAAUUGAACAAAUAUCAAUGAAUACUGCUACAGUUACCGAUCGAAAACAGGCUAUACUUAAACGUUUACAACAACCAAAAACAUUAAAAACUGUACAAGGAUUUUAUAAUCCAUUAAAUAUAACAUUACGUUUAGAUCGUUUGAAAGCUGAACAUCUUCGUGUAAUGGAUUCAGCUAAACGACCAUUAUGGCUUGAAUGGAUAAAUUCUGAUCCAUUUGCACGAACAAGUGGUGUACUUAUAAAUGCAAUCAUUUUUAAAUCUGGUGAUGAUUUACGACAAGAUAUGCUUACUUUACAGGUCAUACGAAUUAUGGAUCAAAUAUGGCGACGUGAAAAUCUUGAUCUACGAAUGUUACCAUAUAAUUGUUUAGCUACUGGUGAUCAGGUUGGAUUAAUUGAAGUUGUUCCACAUGCUAAAACAGUUAUGAGUAUACAACGAGUUGGUGGACGUAAAGCUGCAUUACAAAUUGAUAGUUCAAAAUUACAUAAAUGGAUUCGUGAACAUAAUAAUGAUAAUUAUGAUAAUGCUGUUGAAAAUUUUACUAGAAGUUGUGCCGGUUAUUGUGUAGCAACAUUUAUACUUGGUAUUGGUGAUAGAAAUCCUGAUAAUAUUAUGGUCAAUGAAGAUGGACAAAUUUUUCAUAUAGAUUUUGGUCAUUUUCUUGGUCAUUUUAAGAAAAAAUUUGGCAUUAAUCGUGAACGUGUUCCAUUUGUUUUGACAUAUGAUUUUUUACAGGUUAUUGCAAAAGGUGCUGAAAAUCCAUUAAAAAGUAAAGAAUUUGAAGCGUUCCAAAAUCUUUGUAAUGAUGCCUAUCUAGCAUUACAUGAUAAUGCAGGAUUAUUAAUUUCAUUAUUUACAAUGAUGUUGGGUACUGGUAUUCCUGAAUUACAACGAAUGGAUGAUAUUCAAUAUUUACGACAAACAUUACAGGUUGAACAUUCACGUAAAGAAGCGCUUGAAUAUUUUGAACAACAAUUGGAUGAUGCUUAUGAAGGAGCAUGGUCAACAAAAUUGGAUUGGUUUUUUCAUAGCGUUAAACAUGCUUGAGUUUAAUUUUUUUUUGUCCUGAUAUUUAUGAAUAUAGUCAUCAUCAUCAUCAUAUAUAUAUGAAACAUGUGUUUUUUCUUUUUCUU